CUUCUUCCCUUUUUUUUUUUUUUUUUGCGAAUUCUCGUCUUCGGAAAGCUUUCUGCUGCUUAUUAGCGACUCUUCAUCUCUUCAUCUCCUUCUCUUGCCCGCCAUGGCUGCUCCUGCUUAUACCCCUCUUGAGGACCGUCCGUUGAAGGACACGAUUUGCCUUUUCGACGUUGACGGCACAUUGACUCCCGCUCGUCUUGAUGCCUCUCCCGAAGUCCUCGACCUCCUCCAGGCCCUCCGCAAGAAGUGCUCCAUUGGUUUCGUCGGCGGUUCCGACCUCAUCAAGCAGGAGGAGCAGCUCGGCAAGCCCGCCGGCGUGCCUGUCACCACCCUCUUCGACUACUGCUUCGCCGAGAACGGCCUGACGGCAUACAAGCUGGGCGAGGCGCUCCCCUCCAACAGCUUCAUCAAGUGGAUUGGUGAGGACAAGUACAAGGAGCUUGCCAACUUCGUCCUGCACUACAUUGCCGAUCUGGACAUCCCUGUCAAGCGAGGAACCUUUAUUGAGUUCCGCAACGGCAUGAUCAACAUCAGCCCCGUCGGCAGAAACGCCAGCACCAAGGAGCGAAACGAGUUUGAGGCCUACGAUAAGGAAGCCAAGGUUCGAGAGAAGUUCGUUGCUGUUCUCAAGGAGAAAUUUGGCGACCUGGGACUUACCUUCUCCAUCGGCGGCCAAAUCUCCUUCGAUGUCUUCCCCACCGGUUGGGACAAGACUUACUGCCUGAGCCACCUCGAAAACGAGGCCAAGAAGCCCAACGGAAUCGCCUACAAGAACAUCCAUUUCUUUGGAGACAAGACCUUCAAGGGCGGCAACGACUACGAGAUCUUCAGCGACGAGCGAACCAUUGGCCACACCGUCAAGGGCCCUGAGGAAACCAUGCAGAUUCUGAAAGAACUUUUCGACCUCUAAUUUGCUUAUUAGAGGAGGUGAAUACCCAACACGAAGAAGAGAGAAAAGCGAACUGAGGGGGAACAAGAGCGCAAAUAAAUCGCCAAGGACAGGUCCGCGGCGAUAGUCUCAUUCAAUCAAUCUAGAUAAUACCAAGAUACUCCGAUUUGACAAAUUUUAUACAUAACUUUAUAUCAUCAAGUUCCCCCCCCCC